AUGUUUUGGGUCCGGCACGGCCUCUCCUGUGCCAACAUCCUCCAGUCGAAGUGCACGAAGGAACCUGCCCUUGCGCAGCGGCUUUUCACCGAGAAGCGGCCCGAGCUGGAGGCAGCAGUCCGACGCCACUUCGCUGUGCCCGGGGCACUCAACGGGGGCGCUGCCGAGGAGCUGCGGCUGGGUCACAACUUCAGCCAAGAGGCCUACAUUGAUGACGACUACCAGAUCCGCUCUGCCGGGCCAGACAGUUUCACAGGCUUCUAUGAGAUCCACAACGAGGCUGGCGAUCCGGCCAAGGCACCCAAGCUGUGCACCACACGAAUUCGUCGUUUCCGCUCUGACGGCGAACUGCACUCCUGGAUGGGCAAGAAGAGCAAGAAAUGCCAGAAAAGCUGCAAGGCUGAAGCUUGCUGUGGGGGCAUCAUCCCACUGCAUGGUCUCUACCAAGACCCCUUUCUUACGGACUGCGCGGCAUAUCAGUCUCAGGCGGCGGGGCUGCAGCUCCUUUCACAUCUAGCAGAGAUUGGGCAGCCAAAGCUGGAUCUGGUCGGUUCAAGCAAUCUCAUGCGGGCUAUGGAGACGGCGUAUAACAUGUUCUUCUUGGGCCCGAAAGGCAAGCCGCUGUUGCAAGCUUUGGUGCCAAAUGCCCUGGUACCUGUACCCUACAUGAUUGAGAAGCAUCAUGGAGAGCAUGGCUUCGUGCAGAUGGACAACCUUCCAUUUCCAUCGGCACAGCAACUGGACAUGUUGCAGUCCCGGCACGGCAAGAACUUCACCGAUCUGAUUGACGCCGCUUUUGAACACCGUGGCUAUCCACGCGAGGAGCAGCAGUGGGAGAAGUUUAAAGCAUUGCUCGCGAUGGAGUUAGCGCCCAAGCUCCGGCCGCAGCUGCUGCAGAGGCCGCCUCCAGAUCCGCGCGAUGCCUUGGAU